AUGUCGGGGCCGUGUCGCGAUUCACCCCCUCACGAUUCACCCCCUCACGAUUCACCCCCUCACGAUUCUGAGGGCUGCGGCGCGGGGCGGUGGCGCCACCUCGCGGUGGAAGAGGGAAACCACGCCCUCUCCCGUCGUGGCCACGCCCCUUUCCUCCGUGGCCCCGCCCCCUGCCGGUAUUUCCGGUUCCGGCGGCAGCGGCGCGGGCGCCCCGGGCGGGACCGGCGGCGGAGGGACCGGGAGAGGUCAAAGGGGUGGGAUGCGGCGGCGGGCGCGGUGGCGGGCGCGGCGGCCGCGGGCUGGCUGUACCUGCGGCAGCAGAAGGAGCGGCAGCGGCGCUCCCGCCGCCUGCGGCAGCUCCGCCAGCUGGCGCUGGGCCAGGGCGACUUCCAGCUGCGGGACAGCGCGGGAGCGGCGCGGAGCAAGGCGGAUUUCCUCGGCCGCUGGCUGCUGCUCUACUUCGGCUUCACGCACUGCCCGGACGUGUGCCCCGAGCAGCUGGAGAGGCUGAGCCGCGCCGUGAGCCUGCUGGAGCGCGACCCGGCGCUGCCGCCGCUGCAGCCGCUCUUCGUCACCGUGGACCCCGAGCGCGACGACGAGGCGGCGCUGGCGCGGUACCUGCGCGACUUCCACCCGCGCCUGCUGGGGCUCACCGGCACCCCGGAGCAGGUGCGCGCCGCCGCCGCCGCCUUCCGCGUCUACGUGAGCGCCGGGCCCCGCGACGCCGACGGCGACUACGUGGUGGAUCACUCGGUGCUGACGUUCCUGGUGGAUCCCGACGGGCUCCUGCGCGACUGCUACGGCAGCUCCCGCACGGCCGAGGAGGUGGCGCGCAGCGUCAGGGGGCACAUGGACGCCUACGAGCCGCUGCCCCCCGAGGGAGGGCAAUAAACGGCCGUGACGCCCCA